UCCCCCACACAACCUCUCCUCCUCCCCCUUCUCUUCCUCCACGAGCGGCACGGCGGAGCCACAUUCUCUCUUCCGUCUCCUCCGCUCGUUUUGAUCUUUCCUACCUCCAUCUCCGGCUCUCUUUGUAUUAAGAUUGUUACGCCUCUCUGUGCUCGAAACAUGUAGCUUCCCUGAUAAUCUUCUCACGCUCUGGUUUCUGACGUCCCGUAGAGUUCUCCGGUGGUGUUUCGUUGCGGGCCAUUCUUUCAUCUCUUCUUUGAGAUUGAGAAAGGAGGAGUAAAGGUGGGAUUUUGAUGAGAUUGAUGGUAAAAAGAUUGUUCUUUUGCUUCGUUCGUGGCUUCUAUUGCAGUCGAGGUCGAGGUGGAGGCCGAUCUAGAUUGUAAGCGCAUCGGAAGCUUUCUUCUGUGGUUCGUGUUUCUAACCAAUAGGUCUUCUCGUGUUUGGGAUUUAUUCUGUUUCUGAACAAAGAAAAGGAAGAUAAUGUGAUCUUUUUCUUCCUUAGUCUUCUGGGAUUAGGGAAAAAAGGGCACCGGGAAGAACACUUCCAAGCUUUGGCCAUGAAAACCGAUGAGGCGUUGCCAUUGGUUUUCCAAUGCUUCCAAAAUUUCAGCUUUUGAAUGUUCUAUCUGCUCAUUGGUUUUUUAAUGCUUCCUUAAUCUUUCAUCUUUUGCAAUAUGAUCUUCUUUGUGUAAACGGAAAUCCUUCUCUUUACCCAUGGAUUCCUUGUACUUUGGUGAUCCAGAAUCUAAUGGAGGAAUGCUUUUGUUGCUUUCUCCAUCCGCUUUUGGAUCAGGAUCAAAGGCAAAACAGUGAUAUUUAACCAAAGGGAAAAGGACAGUUUUAGAGCAAAGAUCGAGCUUUUCCCCCUCCUUCAUCUGUGUUUAUGGAUUUGGGGUUUGUUAGAUUCAAAGAUCUAAUCUGUUCCUUUCUUUUUUGCUCUCCUAAGGGCUGAUACUAAACAAGAAUUCGGGAGGGUUCUCAGCUGGUAUCAGAGCUGUUCUAGAUCACUCUGGCCGUCACUGAGGUACCAUCCUCUCGCACCUUGAGAAAGGUGUGGGCUCAGGAGGACGCGCUCUUCCCUCUACUCUCCAUCCCAAUCUCCACUCUCCUUAUUGUCUGGCUUCUCUGUCAGAUGGUUAAUGGAUCGCCGGUCGACAAUGGCUAACCCGUAAAUUCAUUUCAGUAGAUACCACCUACCAGUCCUUCGUCGUUUAAGCUUCUUGUAACCCCAUCGAGUCUGGUAGCUGUUCUUUAGAAUCAUAAGGAGAAGGUACUUGUCAAACGUAUCAGGGAUCUUGUGUUGUUGAUGAGUUUCUUGAUCUCGGUAAAGAUGACAAGAAUCAGUUGCUUCCCUGCUCUUCUGAUUGGAAAGAAGAAGAAAUCCAAAGAGUCCUCAAAGAUUAUUCAUCCGAAAAAGGAGAAUGGCAAUGGAGAUUUUUCAGUCGAGCCAGAAGAAUUCAUCUAUGCAUCUAUCGAGAAGGCAAGAAAGGAGGCAUCUUUCGAGGACUCUGUGUCAGUAAAAACUCGGGUGAAGGAGGUCCCUUCAACCAAUGUGAAAUUGGUGAGGAACGGCAAGAAGGAUGAGGAUUUGGUUCAAACCGAUGCGACGAUUGAGGCAGCUUAUGAGGGAGGUGAUGAACAUGAUGAUUUCUUGUCGAUGAAAAGAGAUUUCUCUGACUUCGAUCUCCAGGCCCUGGCAGAAGAAAAGGGUGAAACCACUUGCCACGGUUUGCAUCAAGAAUUGAGCAAUGGUGGAUUGGAGAACGUAUCUGAGAAUCUCGAUGACAUCACACCCGAAGUAAUGAUCCAGAGUGGGCAUGUAAGUGAUCCAGGGAUGGACCGGACCACUGCUUUCUGGGGGUCUCCGAUGUUGAUGCGCUCAUGCUCUAAUAUUGAGACGAAGAGAGCUAUUAAAAUGUUUAGGUCCACAACCAAUGCCCGCUCGUAUGAUGAUGACCUUCAAAACUUAUCUGGAAAUUUCCUUGGAGAAGCACCAAAGUCAAUCCCAGGCAGCCCGACAUCAGUAAUUACCUCAUGGAGUGCCGAUAAAGUGAUGCUAAAGAAGAGGUCUUCGAGUCAGGUGCUUCCUUCAAGAAGUAGGAAGCUUUGGUGGAAGCUUUUUCUAUGGAGCCACAGAAAUCUUCACAAGACUUGGUCUUCGAAACCAGAGAGGAAUGUCGCCGUCGAUGAUGCUUCCAAUCAGAAAGAUGGUUAUUGCUCUGAUACACUCGAACCAAGCUGCGGUGCUGAUUUGAAGAACAAGAAAGCCGUGGAAGAAUCUGGCAUUAGAUGUAGGAAUGGUGCAUGGCCUCCGAACCAGUGGGUUGCUUUUUCUCCAGAAUCUUCUUCUUUCGAUAGAGUCAGUGCUUGGGUUCACGAUCUUGAUGACAGUCCAUUCUGCCCAAUCGAGGAUGAUGAGAACGAAGAUGAUGAAGCAGCAGCAGGGUCUCAGACACACCCAAUUUUUCUGGAGACCGGAGAAUCAUCCAGCAAAAACUGCGCUCGAAAUUGCCGGCGUGCAGCAGAGGAGGUCUUGCAGGCCAACAACAUCAUCCAAUCUCUGAAUUCACUUUCCUCAGUGGCUCACAUUGCCAGCAUGGGCUUAAAGGUCAUACCAGCAAUUUCAGUUUUCACCAGCCUCCGGUCAGUCAAUUUAUCUGGCAACUUGAUAGUUCACAUUUCGCCUGGAUCUUUACCCAAGAGUCUCCACAUGCUCGACUUGUCAAGGAACAAGAUUGCCACAAUCGAAGGACUCAGGGAACUGACAAGGCUUCGCGUUCUUAAUCUCAGCUAUAACAGAAUCUCGCGAAUAGGUCAUGGGCUGUCAUACUGUACUCUAAUCAAGCAGCUGUAUCUGGCCGGGAACAAGCUUAGCGGUGUUGAGGGACUUCACAGGCUUCUGAAGCUCACAGUUCUUGACCUGAGCUUCAACAAGAUAACCACAGCAAAGGCAUUGGGCCAGCUUGUUGCCAACUACAACUCCCUGUUGGCCCUCAACCUGCUUGGGAACCCAAUUCAGAGCAACAUCGGAGACGACCAGCUACGUAAGGCAGUCUGUGGCCUCCUCCCACAUCUAACGUAUCUGAACAAGCAGCCUAUCAAGCCGCUAAGGGCAAGGGAAGCGGCAACCGACAGCGUUGCCAAGGCUGCCCUCGGAAACAGUGGCUGGGGAACACGGAGGAGGGCGACCAGGCGAGUUGGCCAGGUCUCAACUAGUUCAGUUAAGGGCAUGACCGGCGAGGGAAGCAGCCAUAGAGGUGCAGGUAGCGGCGGCGGGAACAAGAGCAGCAGACAUCGAUCAAAGAGCAGGCACCAACACUCCAUUUCUACAAGGAAAUAAGCGCAUCGAGCUUGUGGGUUUCCAAAGUAUCAGACCUUUAUGAGAUCCACGCGUGGACCAAAUCUAAAGAUGUUAUUCGACAGAUUUUAGGCCUAAAUUAAGGAUUUGAUUGCAGUAUGGUAACACCAUCGGAGGUGCAUGUGAAGAACCCAAAGUCACAUUCUUGGAACUCUGUCAAUGUUGUUGUUCCAUGUUCUGUCUCCUGUACAGCUAUAAAUUCUUUUGUUUGGUAGA